GUGUGCAAAAGUGCGCGCACCCAACCCCACACGCUCUCUCUCUCUCCUCUUUCUCUCUCUAGAAAAAAGCACUCAACAAAAAUGGGGACACGGUGAAUGAGAGAGAGAGAAAGAGACAAAGAAGAAGAAGAAGUUUUAGAGAGAGAUAGAAAAAAGCGAGGAAGGUGAAUGCACCGCAAUGCUUCUUCGAUUUCUUCAGCUAUGGAUUAUGCUCCGCUUUGCUUGUGUUUCAUGUGCAGCACGGCAAGACCCAUUUGCUAUGCACAUAAGCUGCGGGGCUCGUCAAAAUGUUCAAACAAAACCAACCAACACCCUUUGGCGUGAAGAUUUUGGGUUUACAGGAGGGAUAGCUGCCAAUGCAACUCGUCCAAGUUUCAUUACCCCACCACUCAACACUCUUCGCUAUUUCCCCUUGUCUGAAGGUCCACAAAAUUGCUACAACAUUAACAAAGUGCCAAAGGGUCACUACUCAAUCAGGAUCUUCUUUGGACUUGUUGGUCGGUCUAAAGAUACCAGUGAGCCUCUAUUUGACAUUUCUAUUGAAGGCACGCAAAUAUAUUCUCUGAAACCGGGUUGGAACAAGCAGAAUGAUCAAGUAUUUGUUGAGGCGCUAGUGUUUCUUACAAAUGAUUCAGUAUCAAUCUGUUUCCACAGCACUGGUCAUGGGGAUCCAGCAAUCCUUUCUAUUGAGAUUCAGCAAAUUGAUGACAAGGCUUAUUAUUUUGGCCCCUGGUGGAGUCAAGGGAUAAUACUUAGAACAGUUAAAAGACUGAGUUGUGGUUUUGGGCAGUCAAAGUUUGAUGUAGAUUAUGGAGGGGAUUCCAGGGGAGGGGACCGAUUUUGGCAACGGAUUAAAACUUUUGGCGAUGAAUCUGAUCAACCUAGAUCAGUUGAAACAAGAAUCAAACAAGCUUCACAUCCACCAAACUUCUAUCCAGAAACCCUUUAUCAGUCCGCGCUUGUUAGUACUAAUAAUGAACCUGAUUUAACUUACGCAUUGGAGGUGGAUCCCAACAGAAACUAUUCGGUUUGGUUACAUUUUGCAGAGAUUGAUAAUUCAGUGACUGCUGCGGGGCAAAGAGUCUUCAAUAUUAUAAUAAAUGAUGAUCAUGCUUUCAAAGAUGUUGACAUUGUAGAAUUAAGUGGGGAUAUCUAUACUGCCCUUGUGCUUAAUACCACUGUUACUGUUAAUGGGAGGAUUCUAACAAUAACGUUGAAACCAAAGGAAGGUAAUCUCGCCAUAAUCAAUGCCAUUGAGAUAUUUGAGGUUAUAAUGGUCGAGUCAAAAACUAUAUCAGAGGAAGUUAGUGCUUUACAAACAUUGAAGAAGGCAUUGGGGCUUCCACCCAGGUUUGGGUGGAAUGGUGAUCCUUGUGUUCCUCAACAACAUCCAUGGUUUGGAGUGGAUUGCCAAUUAAACAAAAGUAGUGGCAGCUGGAUCAUUGAUGGACUUGGUCUUGACAAUCAAGGUCUGAAAGGUUUCUUGCCAGAUGACAUAUCCAGACUACUUAAUCUACAAAUCCUAAACUUGAGUAAGAACAACAUCCAUGGAGCAAUUCCAUCCUUGCUUGGUACAAUAACUAGCCUGCAAGUACUUGACCUAUCCUACAACUUAUUCAGUGGAUCAAUUCCAGAAAGCCUUGGACAGUUGACAUCAUUACAAAGACUGAAUCUUAACAGCAACCUCCUAUCUGGAAGGGUCCCAUCAACUGUAGGAGGAAGACUACUCUACAGAGCUAGCUUCAAUUUUACUGACAAUGCAGGUCUGUGUGGUUUACCUGGAUUACCUACAUGUGGACCUCAUCUUUCUGGCGGUGGUAAAAUUGGCAUUGGAUUAGGGGCUUCUUUUACAUUUCUCCUUCUUAUUACCUGUUCAUUUUGUUGGUGGAAAAGGCGCCAGAAUAUCCUCCGAGCUCAGCAAAUGGCAGCAAGAGCAGCCCCAUAUGCGAAGGCAAGGACCCAUUUUUCACGUGACAUUCAGAUGGCAAGGCAUCAUAAUAAUUAUGGCAAAACCUCAACGGCAGCUGAGAAUGGGCCUAUUUUACUUUCAUGAUGACAUCUCAUUAUUCUGAUACCUUACGAGCCUGUCUCAGUAUUCCUCUGUUCCCUGCCAUCAAGUGGUUUUUAUUCUUUUAGAUUGCAGAAUUGCCCUACUAAUAUCGUAGAUGAAUGGCACUGUAAUCUGAUCGAUCUUCUAAUGGUGCUUGUCCUCCAUAAUAUCGGGUUUACUACAACAAAAUACUGAGAGUUUCCUGAGACAUUUAACUUCUAAGCUGAGAAGUGAGAACUCCUGAAAAUUGUAAAUCAGAAAAUUUUGUUCAUUAUCGUGGUACCCCCUCCUGGAGACUACAUAGAAAUUAUGAAGGAAGAAAAAGUUUCUAUAUACACGUAAGUAUGUAUGUGCAGUCUCAUUAAAGAAACUAGCCACUUAUUCCGUUUUUUA